GUGAUUAGCAGUCCAACACGAGUAAUUAUAACUUGACAUGUAUUAUAAUUGAGUUCAAGCAGUUGAGAAUAGAUGGAAAAUUACCAAACACAAGAAAAACAAGACUUUGUUUAUGAGACAAGACCAAGGAAACUACGAAAAUGUUAACUUUCAUGUUUCGUUUUUUUCAGUUUGAUACCCAACGGCCAUGUAAUAUUUAAAUUGGAAGUUUUUUAUUCAAUUAUUGUUGGAGUUUGAUUGAAUGAUAAAAAAUAUUGUAAAGAUGCCAAGAACUUGUGCUAACCCAGGUGUAAAUAAACUCUACUUUAAUGGAAGAAUAAGUCAAAUGUGAUAUUCAAUGCCAUCAAUGUAAAGGUACACUGGAUAUGCAUUAGAAUCGUUUUGGUUGUUAAUUUAUCCGUCCAGUGUAACAGUUGCUUCAAAAUUAAUCACCUUUAUUUUAGUAAAUCAUUUACAUCCCGGAAUUAUCUGUUUCCAAUGCAUUUCAAAUCAACAAUUGACAAUCACCUUGAGAGUAACAACGGACUGGACAGAAGUGAAUGGCAAUAAUGAGAGUCAUUUGUUUAACUCACUUGUUAACAAGGUAACUUGGGGUGAAGUGAUUUCAAUUUAUUGUUAAAUUUUUAAUUGUUGAUUCUGUGGUUUGACCAGUAUCCAAAAGCCGAUGCAUGUUAAGUGAAAGAUGACGAAGGAAACAAUUGAUUGUACUUGAUACAAGGGAAAGGUGGUAAAUAAGUGCAUUGGACCUUAUUUCAAGAUCAUUCAUCAAAAUCAACAAAUAUCUAUGAAAGGUUGAUUUGAACCCAAAAAAGCAUACUUCCUCCUCCUCCAUUUUUGUCAACCUCGUUAAACCAAUAUUGUUAAAAGUUAUGUUAAAACGGGUUAUCCCGUGAACGAUAUCUGCUUCAAAGAUUAUCUCCUGUUAAGGUCAUUUCCAACGGGAAACCAUUCCAUUGAUAAUGUUCCAAUGUGAUCCUGAUUAUUGGUGAAUAAGUAUAAAUAAUAAUUGAAACCAAGAGAAAAGUAUCAGUUCAGUUUCAACCAUCUAACAAGUAAAGUAAAAACAACAACUACAGCUCCAAACCAAAGCUUUUUGACUUAUCUAGUGCCUUUUUAACAGUUGCGAUUUUUUCAAAUUUUUGUUCCUAAAAGACUUAACAAAAACUCCAUCAAAAUGAACAUGCGAUUGGUCCUUUUACUUGCUCUAUUCUCAAUGAUGUUUGUCUCAGUUGCAAAAUGUCAGUCUGAAGAUUCCGAUCAAAGUGAAUUAGAUGAUGCUGAAGAAAACUUCGAACCUGAUGAAGCUGAUGAAUCUCCAAUCGAAAGUCGAAACAAAAGAGAGAUUGGUUCAGAUCUAGAAGAAGCCGAAACAGCUGUGGGUGGUAAAGGAGGAGCAGCAGUGGUAGCCCACAAAGCUGGAAAGAAAGGUGCAGCAGCAGCAGGGUUCAAAGGAGGUAAAGCAGGCAAAGCUGGAUUCAAAGCAGGAGCUAAAGGAGCUAAAGGUGGUGCCGCAUUUGGAGCCGCUGGAGCCGCUGGAGGCAAAAAAGGUGCUGCAGUAAAGAAAGGAUUCGCUGCUGGAGCUUUCGGUAAGAAAUUCGGAAAGAAAGGAGGAUUCGCAAAGGCCGGUGGUGCUGGAUUCAACAAGAAAAUGGGAGUUGUCAAGAAGUUCGGAAUGAGCCAAGGAUUCAAAUUCGGUAAAGCUGCUGGUUAUGGUGCUGCUGGUGGAGCUAUGGGCGGUAAGGGUGCUAAAGGAGGAUUUGCUGGUGCUGCUGGUGCCGCUGGAUUCAAGAAGGGUGCUAAAGGAGGCAAGAAAGGAUUCGCCGCUGGAGCAGCUGCAAAGGCAGGAGGAAAAGCUGGAGUUGCUGGUGCUGCAGGAUUUAAGAAGGCCGCUGGUGCUGCUGGUGUUGCUGGUGUUAAGAAGGGUGUCGCUGGUGGCAAAGGAUUGAUUGGUUAAUAAGUCAAAGCUCUUUAGUCAAAAUCAAAUUUUAUACUUCAACUAUCUGUGAUUAUUUUUUCAAUCGACACUAUUCUCAGUACACAAAUGAUUCCUCUGUUACAAAUCUUUUUAUUCAAUUGUCAUUUUUCAAAGUCUCGAUCAAGUUUUUUU